AUGCCGGAUCCGAGCCCUCCUACUCGGCAGCUGCCCAGCAAGCACGAGCUCCAAGCGCAGGAUCAGGCUUCGAAGAGAGGGAGCCAUCCUGGCCAUCCUCGCCCAGGGUCAGGGUUCCAUCCUGGCCCUGGCCGGCAACGUCACAAGCAUGCCGAUGCUGCCAAAGCUGCAGCUAAGGCUCCACCGCAGCAGCCGCAGCAGGACAGAAGCUUGCAAAGAGGGCACCGGCGGCCCCCGCCGUCUCGCCCGCCACGCUCCUCUCGGCCGACGCCACCGUCGCGCCCACCGCAUGCCUCUCGCAGAGGGCAAGGGCGAGCGGCUCGGCCAUCACCGUUCCUGCGGAAUUUGCCACGUGGACCAGAAAACGACACCAGCGAUUGUCCUUUGCCGCCUAUGGUUGCCUCUUAUUCGCCUGCGAGGCGAACUGCGCUGGCUUCGCACCCAAGAAGUGGGUCUACCUGGUUACGCUUCAUGCUGGAACGUGCAUCUGGUUUACCCUGUGGCUUUGAAGAUCCUGGCUGGGCAAACGUCUUACCGCAUGUCGGGGAAGAUCCUUCUCGCCCGACGAGCAUCAACAAAGACGGCCUCGUUGUGAAAACUCACAGCAUAUGCUACGGCUGCUGGGCAGAUGCUACAGUGGAGGACCGGCUCACCAUCUCUGGCCACACCAAGUUGACGAUGGAGCGGGCGUCGAAAUUUGUAGGACGAGAGUAUGCGGAGCGCAUCCAGUCCAAAGGCUGCUGUCUCGUCUUCCCGCCCGGUACGCUUGAGUCGAUGAUCCGGGCGCGGAGCAGAGCCAGUGAGGAGACGAAGGCGGCUCUUCACAUACCCUGCGAGCACACGUAUGACCAGGCGAUCAUCUUGCACAGAGAUCCCUUGGACGUGUUCAGGUCUAACUACCACUACCGGACGAAGGUCCUGCGUGCCCGGCACGGGGCCUCCUGGGCAAGGGAGAACUAUAGUUUUCCACAGGAGAGAGCUCGGGCAUACAUGGAGUUCCACGAGAAGUGGAAGACCUUCGCCGAGAGGCGCCCAGCGCUUUUUGUUCGCUAUGAAGACAUGAAAGCCGACCCAGUGCAGCAGUUGAAGCGCAUCUUCGCUUUUCUGGGUGUUGAGGUACCAGCAAGCAAGCUGGCUUGUGCAGUCGAGCAGUCCACCAUGGACAAGCUCAAGGAGGAGACUUCCAAGACCCGCGGCAGAGUGAAGUCCCAGGACUUCUUCGGCUCACGUGGUUCCACAGAAGCACAGGAGGAUCUGUCGUACCCGACGGGUCUGCUCGAUCAUUUCCAGCAAGCUGGAGUUUUCGAGCUUGCCCGAUCACUGGGAUAUUCAAAGUAUACUUCAGUUGAAGCUGUCAGUCACGCAGCUGCUGCGGAUGCCGCGGCGACCACAGCUAGCGAGAGGAAAGUAAAACUCCCUCCCACGACCAGUGAGAGUGAGACAGGCAGCUACUACGAGCUGGUGGAGCCUCGCCAGGAACUCUCCGCACAGUUGCACCCGAAGCAGGGCCAGUUUCGACAACAGUUUCACUUGGACCAAGCCACCCAAGAGCUCAUUCUGCUGGGAGACACGGACUUUGCCGUGUACGUUGGGUGCGCGGCUCUCGUGGCCCUGGCGGCCUUUGCCUGGCGCCUUUGCCGCCGUCGCGCCAUGAAGUGGCAACGCAGCGCCUGA